UUUAAGGUGAAAUAAACAAAUGGAUUUGGAUGUGGCAUCGUUCGGAGAAGGUUCUGGCGUUCUCACCGCAGCUUUGCCCACAGUACGAACCAAACGAGUGCGUCAUAAAUGGACAUCCGCGUUUCGCGUCAUGCAGUCAUUGCAUCGUUUGAAGAAUCCACCUCUUGGUACAAAAUCUGAGAAAUACAGCGAUCACUUCAUUGAAUCGACACCUCCCAAAGAAAUUUCGAAAAAGUCUGAUAUACGCUUCAGUCACAGUUCAUUAUGGUGAAAAAACAAUAUCAGUCUGGCAGACAGAUGAUAACGCUGGACUGCGUAAUGGGUUAUGAGGGAGCGGGUAUGGCAAGGUUUUACUUUUCAUGCGGUCGCAUUUCGGUAACAGCGAAGUAUUCUUGAUCAAAAUAACAUUAAUAUAGAGGCUUGUCAAAUAUAGCCUGGAAAGGUUCAUCAAAUAUAGCUACCAUAUGGUAACAAUGAACCUGAUAAAUACUGGUUAUAAACAAGUUGAGAACAUGACUUCGUUCAUUUCUUGUGGAUUGAUUUCAAUUACUCUAACAUAAACAAAGUUGUUUGAGCAAAUACCUAACUUAGUCAUUGUUGAUUCUAAGUCUUAUCGAGGAAAACAGAUAUCUACAAUGUCGUAGGUAAGAAGCUAUGAGCCUGCGAACGUCUAGAAAAUCCGAUUCCCUAUUUAUAACU